GCAAACUCCCUUCGCAAGUAUACCCUUCGUAGUGAUACCCAAAGCUUAUAUAAAGGAGCCAAAGAUGCAAAUGAAGGAGCUAUCCCGGAUCAUGACCUCGACGGAUGUCAUGAUUGGGGAUCAGAUGUCGAAUCCGAUGCUGAAUCUUACCCUGUGUGCUCUCUGAUGGGUAGAAGGUUCCCCGUGGCCUCGUUUACAGAAGAGGAUGACUCAGGUGUCGAAAUGGUAGUGGAUGAAUCUGGGGACGAUAAAGGCAAACAAAAAUCUACCAAGCUUCUAUCCAAACGUAGUCAUGAGAAUAUUGAUGAUGAGGAACCUGACGAGGGGAGUACCAAUCGAAAGACUAAAAGACGUCUCUUUUGCAAGUCAUAAAGUGAAUAUCCGUGCUGAUUCGUAGCUUUGUUGUCAUCCAUGAUUUCUUUGCGCUCUUCUCUGCUUUCGUGUCAGUUCAUCAGGACCUUGUAUGCUACUUUUGGUGAUGACUCGUUGCACUUAGAGGAUGUAAAUUAGUUUUGUAUCGCUUGAGAUUCCAUGAUACCGCUGAUGGAGAGAAGGUCCAAGC